AUGAAGAGGGCAUCGGUCAGUCUGUUAGUAGCGGACGCAUCUGCAAGCCGCUGGGUCCAUUAUUUUGACCCAUUUUACGACGAUGACCUCGUUGAACAGCCUGUUGGCCAGGUUAAUCUUUACCUAUCCGACUUCAUCGAUUUUACCGGACUUCCAGCAGAGUCCUGCCUAGAGUUCCAUCGCCCCUCCAAGGCCGACUUGGACGCUGGGGUAUCCAGAAGGGCCCAGAUCACUCUUACCUAUGAGCGGCUGGCCUCCAUUUUCCGCACUGCUCGCUCGCGCCAAGACUCUGCAACGUUCCCCAUUGCGGACGGCGACACGGCGGAGCACUCGAUCAAGCGGAUAACCAGGGAUUCAAGGGAGAUAGCCAAAGAGCGCAUCAAGCUGGCUGAAGAGCGGAUCAAGCUGACUGAAGUGCGCGCCAGGAUGGUUCAAGCCCAUUUUGUUAUCAGUAGCAUGCUAGCCUUGCUCGUCCUUAUGCUUGCAUGA